UUGCCUCGUGGAAGUUUGUUUGCCACUUUGACCGACUUACGUCGUCUCAUGUUUUCUGCCAUUUGACAGGUAUGGUUUGUAGUUGCAGAACGCAAGCAGUUUUGAGUCCAAUAUUUUGAAUAAGCAGAUUUACAGUCAGUGAGAGUUAAAAAAAAACCCUCUUUGGACUGGACUUGGAGUAUCUCGCUCAUCCUGAAGGGGAGACACAGCUUGCAACAAGACAGCUUCACACAAACUUUCGGAGAUCAGUCACGUGAUAUCUAAGAGCGGGACUGACCAUGCUGCACCAUGUGUGCUACAGCCAACUGGCAUGUCGCCACAUGUUCAAGCGUGUGGGUGGUGCUGUGUACUCCAGUAGGAGACACAUCGGAGAUGAACUGAAAGUUGUAGCCAUUCGACGUGAGACUAUUAAUGUUUGGGAGAGAAGAGCUCCGCUGUCACCUAGUCAUGUGGCCAAACUUGUCAAAGAUGGGUUCAAGGUCAUUGUCCAGCCGUCCAACAGAAGAGCAUACAGCAUGCAGGAGUAUGCUAACAGGGGUGCCGUCAUCCAAGAAGACCUGAGUGAAGCAUCCCUGGUGAUCGGCGUGAAGCAGGUUCCCAUUGACCUCCUCAUGCCUGAGAAGACAUACGCCUUCUUCUCCCACACCAUCAAAGCUCAGGAGGCCAACAUGUCACUGCUUGACGCCAUUCUAGAGAAGAAUAUUCGCCUGAUCGACUACGAGAAGAUGGUGGAUGAGAAUGGUCAACGUGUGGUGGCGUUUGGGAAGUAUGCAGGCGUGUCAGGCAUGAUCAACGUGCUGCACGGGAUGGGACUACGGCUACUUGCUCUGGGACAUCACACUCCGUUCAUGCACAUCGGGCCCAGCCACAACUACAGGAACACAGAGAUGGCCCGCCAGGCUGUGCGGGACGCGGGCUAUGAGAUCGCUCUGGACAGGCUGCCCAAGUCUCUUGGUACCCUCACAUUCGUGUUUACAGGUUCAGGAAAUGUCUCCAAGGGUGCUCAGGAAGUGUUUCAGGAGCUCCCGCACGAAUACAUUGAACCACAGUACCUUCCCAAGGUGGCCAGACAUGGAGCCACCAACAAGGUGUACGCUUGUGUUGUGAGCCGAGAUGAUCAUUACGUCCGGAAGGAUGGCGGGCCAUUCAAUGCGGAUGAAUUUGAGGAGCACCCUGAAAGAUACGCUUCAGCUUUCAGCCAUAAGGUGGCGCCAUAUGCCUCCUGUAUCAUCAAUGGCAUCUACUGGGCACCGAAUGCUCCUCGUCUACUGUCCAUCCCAGAUGCGAAGGUGCUUCUACGACCUCAGGAAUCUCCGUGGAUUGCAUCCAGUGCGGGAUGUCCUCAGCUCCCCCAUCGGCUUGUGGCCCUCUGUGAUAUCUCCGCUGACCCUGGCGGAUCCAUCGAGUUCAUGAAGGAGUGCACAACCAUCGACUCCCCAUUCUGUUUGUACGAUGCUGAACAGAACAUGGAGACAGAGAGUUUUGCUGGAGAUGGUGUCCUGAUCUGCUCAAUUGACAACAUGCCUGCCCAGAUUCCACGCGAGGCUACAGACUUCUUUGGGAGCCUGUUGCUGCCCUAUGUGAAAGAUAUGCUGAAGUCUGAUGCCAAACAUUCCUUCCAUGAAUAUGACUGUUCUCCUGUGGUCAAAAAUGCAGUGAUAGCUUCCAAUGGAUCUCUUGCCCCAAAUUAUGAAUACAUAGAUGUUCUCCGACGACAGGCUAAGGCAAGUCACAAGGCCCAGCGAACCUCCAAUGGCAUUGAGAAACGUGUACUGGUCCUCGGUGCGGGAUACGUUGCUGGCCCGGCUGUAGAGUACCUGUCACGUGAUAGCUCCACACACGUCACUGUGGCAUCCCAGUUCAGCGAGGAGCUCGACAACAUCAGUCAGAAAUGUCCGGUGGCAGACUGUUUGUUGAUGGAUGUACAGCGGAGUCAUGAGGAGCUGGAGCGCCUCAUCCCUGAACAUGAUGUCAUCGUCAGCUUGUUGCCGUAUGAGCUCCACCCAGACAUUGCCAAGCUGUGUAUUGAGCACCGACGGAACAUGGUGACAGCCAGCUACGUGUCUCCCGCCAUGCAGCAGCUCCAUCAGAGUGCUGUGGAUGCAGGCGUGACUAUCAUGAACGAGGUCGGUGUCGACCCUGGCAUUGAUCACAUGAUGGCCAUGCAGUGUUUCGAUGAGGUCCGGAAAGAUGGCGGGAAGAUCAGUAAACAUGUUCAACUUAACUAUAGGCAACAAUCAGCCCUUUCUCAUUGAAAACUGCUUUACUGUUGUAGUUGGUUCCCACGAGGUGUUUUGAUGAACUGUCUCGCAGGUGCGAAAUACCUGAAAAACAAACAGAUAGUGGAGGUGACCCCGGGUGGCGGCCUACUGGAGGCUGUGGAGUCCCUCAAAUUCAUGCCUGGCUUCAACCUGGAGGGCUAUCCCAACAGAGACUCAACUGCCUACAUCAAGAAAUAUGGCAUUGAAUCUGCAGACACUGUGCUCAGGGGCACCAUCAGAUAUGAGGGGUACAGCACGGCCAUCAAGGGCUUGAUGCAGCUGGGGCUGAUGGACCUGGACCCUCAUCCUUCACUGCACCCAGGUGGACCUGACAUCACUUGGAAGGGAUUCAUGAGCAACAUGUUCGGCAAGUCACAUGACAUAUUUGGGGACAGUUUGAAGGACCUUGUGUAUGAGAAGUUGGGGCGUAAUGAUCACAUGCUUGACACCAUCAUCAGUCUCGGCCUCCUCGGGGAUGAGAUAAUAGAGAAGAAGGGCAACCCCAUGGACACUUUCAGCUCCUACCUGGCCCGGAGGCUGGCCUACGGCCCCAUGGAGCGUGACCUGCUGCUGAUGCGUCAUGACAUUGGCAUCUCGUGGCCAGAUGGGUCUCUGGAGCAGCGGCAGCUCAACCUGGUGGUGUAUGGAGACCAGGAAGGCUACUCUGCCAUGGCCAAGACUGUCGGGAUGCCAUCAGGCAUCGCCGCCAAGAUGAUCCUGGAAGGGGAGAUUCAGGAGAAGGGCAUCGUCAUUCCAUUGUCCAGGAAUGUCUACCAACCCGUUAUGUCACGCCUUCACCAAGAGGGCAUUCGCUGCACGGAGAAGAUCAGUUUACUGUAAUGUGUGUUUAGGACAGCAGUAUCUGCCAGGAGGAAGAACAGUUGAUACACCCCAAAUCAGACAUACUACUUCUGACAAAUAUAGAAGUGUCAUGCUGGGGUUGGUGGAGAAAGUACAAUGCAGACAUCGGAUAUAUUUUUAAUGCUAUAUCUUCAUAAGUUGCGACAUGACAGGGCGAUUGUGGGACACCGCCUUCACGUGAGUGCGACUUGAUAUCUACCUGACAGCGAUUUUCUGCUAAGAUGUAGUUGAUAACAAUAUGAUAAUUCAUGGAGAUGGAAAUAUAAAGCAUAGAUAUUUUCUUUUUAUAGCAAAGAAUAUAUUUCCAUUCAUGUGUGUUGACAUUUGUGAUGGUGUGAUCAAGUUAUUGCAUUCUCUAACCUUUCUGCUUCCAAAUAUUCACAACUCAUAUUACUUUGAUAUGAUGAUUCUUUCAUAUUGUCAUAGUAAAUCAGGCAGUUGAUAAGUAUAUAGUAUUACAAUUAAUAUGCCAUAGUAUGACAAAAUGACUAUUGUAAUAUAAAAGAAUUGGGCGUCUCUUAGCACUAUUUUAGUAGUAUGACGGGAUUGUGUUAGAUGUUUCAUGGAAUGAAGGGGAAGCACCUGCACGUUCAGUGUAACAAUUAUAAUUUUGAUGCUAUUUUAGAUUAGGUAUAUUCUGUAGUCCAAUAAUAAUUAACCAAUCAGUGUUCAGGAAAUUGAUAUUUUUCAUAUCACAGUUGAUAAGCAGUCAAUACGACAUAUAAACUUUAGGGGCUGCAUGUAGGGAUGCUUGUUUGUGGGACUCAAAUGGUACAAACAUGUGAUAAAUCAUACAAGUGCUGGAUACUUUGUGAAGCAACAUGUGCUUGGUAGUUGUGUUAUUGUUAUAAUAUAUCUUCAGGUGAGUUGCACUAGUGUCUUGAAAUAUUGCCGCUUAUAUUUCCAUAUAUGGAAACGUUUGCUUCCAAAAUGAUGGUAGUGCACCCCUCCAUAAAGGCCUAUAUUUUUAUAUACAUGUAUUAACUAAAUGGAAAAA